GACAAUUGCAAGCAAAAGCUCGCACCGCGGAGAGCAGAGCCACGCAAUCCCGUGCUUCCAGUGUGCAAUCGAGCGCGGGGAGGACCAAGGAUCAAGGUCUGUGAGCUGCACUUCUGCCACGUUCUCCCUCCUACGGGCCACAGCCGAGAGAAGUGGUGCUCGCUCGGUCUUGCCCACCGCCGUUGCUUGUCUUAUGACACUCCACGUCUAGCGCCGUCCGGCAUGUGGGUGGAAUAGGUAAAAGCAGCGUCCCUUCUUGAGUACACGUCCUCGUCUGGUUACUUCUCUCGCCUUUUCUUCGCUCGCCGUCGCCACUACAGCUAUUUCACUGACUCUCCGCUGCAUGCGCAAAGCAUCUUGGCGCUGGAAACAUCGAUCUGCUCCAUAAUACGGCCGAUCAUCCGACCCGCUUCCAACUGACGACGACCUGCUUUGCCUUCGGAAGGACCGAUAUGGCGUGAAGAAAUAUCGCCGUCACUCAAUCGCCAGAAGAACAAAAGGACUGCUCGGUCGCCUGGCAAUGGCGUCGACAUUUGCGACCUCUGCUCCUCACCAGUUCGAGCAACAUCAUUCCAGCAUGCCUUCUGCGACAUUAUCAUCCACGAUGCCGGAUGCAUCUCCUUUCCAACUGAGAGAGGAGGAUCUGGAGACCCUCUCACAAUCCGAUGGCUUCACGAUACUACGACAACACCUCGCGCAGCACUACACAUACGACCUCUGCGAAAUCCACUCACCCUGUCACGUCGGGAACAUCGAAAAGUGGCUCAUUGUUCGAGAUGUCUUGCACGCACUACUUGUCCCAAUCGUUGAGCUCUUCGAUAAAGCUUGUGGAGUCGCCGCGAUAGCCACUGGCGCCAAUCGGCUCGAGGAUCUCGAAUAUGCCUUUACUGGACCUUCAAGGGGUGCCUUUGUCUGGCUACAGUGUUUCUUCU